UGUGCUGUGAGUGGGAUUGGUGAUCGUUUUAUCCCACGCAAAUUGAUCGGCCAUUGCACUAUCGUGUGACAUUUACUGCUCGCUGUUGAUCGUGCUGCUGCUGUACGAUCGUACGACAAGAUACAUGGACCGUUUGUAAGGAUGUUAGUGCUGUGCAUGAUGACAGAGUGGUGAUUGGGAGAGCUGCUACUUCUAUCAACACCAGUGUGGAGCCGUCUACAAUAGCAACGUCUACAAUCAAAGCUAUCGCAGUGGCAGGGUUCGGGAACACUUGUGCCUGAUCACGCUCCCGAUCAUAGUGCUGCAUGUGUUUCUGUGGUUCUGUUAACACGUCUGCUUACCAGGUGUAAAUGUGAUUGAAACAUCGACCGAAGACAGCAACUGUAGUAUUCGGUUUAAUUUAUUUCUUAACAAAAUAAUAACUUGUAUAAGUUUUUGCCUGUUUAGCUUAACGCUAAAGUGAUCUUUAACGAACUUAUAAAAAAAAAUCUAAGGAACAAACAACCCUCUAAACCUUCAGUUAAAAGGACAAAAUGGACUUACUGAGAAACCAAACCCAGUGUUGGCGUAUAAACACCCCGCUCACAAGCCCGAAAGUGUUGCACCAAUAUUGAUUGCGCCCGAGGGGUUAUGCAAACGUGUGUGUGUGUGUGGCAAAAUUUCCGUUUUACAGAGCGAACAGCGCACUUCGGUUUGGAAGCUAAUCAGCCAAAAUAUGAGUAACGAUCGACGGGCUCCAACGGGCUGCUGGCAGAGAAUUUGAAUAGCAGCCGCCAGACGGCUCAGAAAACACUCAAAACCAACCCCCCCCUCCCCCCAGUGCCAGUGCUAAUAAAGUGUCUGUGUGUGUGUGUACGGUCUUAAUGGUGUGAUUGCUCGAAUGCAGCAGUACGCAAAUGUGUGUCCACGGUGUGUUACUAGCAGGGGACGAAAUUGGCUGCUGCUGGCGCUGCUGCUGCUGAUGGCGUGAGCGCGGCAGAAAUCAAACCAAACCCAGAAUUCGAGUGUGAGUGGGUGCAUACCUAACAUAAAAAAUUAAAAAAAAAAAAAAUAGUGCGACAGAGAGCAUCGAGUGAGGCGUCGUCCCCAGGUGUAACGAGCCAUGUCAGUCAUGCAUCCGAGAAUCUUCCUAAACGUUUGCUUCCUGCUAGCGCUCGGGCACGAAAUCGAAGCCAGCUGGGAGGAAUGGUGGACAUAUGAUGGAAUUUCAGGACCCGCCUUCUGGGGGCUAAUCAACCCGCAGUGGAACAUGUGCAACAAAGGGCGCCGCCAGUCGCCGAUCAACGUGGAGCCGGAGAAGCUACUGUUCGAUCCCUACCUUCGGUCACUGCACAUCGACAAGCACAAGAUAUCGGGCACGCUGCACAACACUGGCCAAUCGCUGGUCUUCCGGGUGGAGAAGGACACCAAGCAGCAUGUAAAUAUUUCCAGCGGCCCGCUCGCCUACCGGUACCAGUUCGAGGAGAUCUACUUCCACUACGGUACGGACAACAACCAGGGCUCGGAGCAUCACAUCCACGGGUACAGCUUUCCCGGUGAGAUCCAGCUGUACGGUUUCAACAAGGAGCUGUACCACAACAUGUCCGAGGCCCAGCACAAGGCCCAGGGCAUCGUCGGCAUUUCGCUAAUGCUGCAGAUCGGCGAUACGCCUAAUCCGGAGCUGCGGAUAAUUACCAGCGCCUUCAAUAAAGUCCUGUACAAAGGAUCUUCUACACCGAUCCGGCAUAUCUCGCUGCGAUCGCUGCUGCCGAACACGGAACAGUACAUGACGUACGAGGGUUCGACCACACAUCCCGGCUGCUGGGAAAGCACGGUCUGGAUUAUCCUCAAUAAGCCCAUCUACAUCACCAAGCAGGAGCUGUAUGCGCUCCGGAAGCUGAUGCAGGGCUCGGAACAAACGCCCAAAGCACCGCUGGGCAACAAUGCGCGGCCGCUCCAGGCAUUACAUCACCGCACUGUUCGGACCAACAUCGACUUCGCCAACACGGGCGUCAGCAAGACGCAGAGCUGCCCGACGAUGUACAAAGACAUGUACUACAAGGCGAACCGCUGGACGUCCGAGAUAUCGGCCCGGGGCCGCGAACGGGGGCUGCCCGACAUCGAGAGUGUGUUCCAUUCGCUUCCAUAGUGGCACCAGCGGGUCCGUUCCGAUGCCGGACAGAUCCAGAGCCGCCCGCCCGCCAUCACCGGCUAAAAAAAAAAAACCGGGUGCUGUGCGCGACCGGGUUUAGCGGCAGGAUGAGACUGACACGAGAAGAACACCACACGGCAAGCGGGCGGGCGCGCGCGUGGCCUCUUCACACCGAUUACCGCUGAUGUUGCUGCUGCUACUGCGUAUGUUGUCUACCUUUCAGGGGCCGCGAGUGGUUGGGUUUGAUAUUUGUUUAUGGUUCUCAACAGACACCGUUCCAACGCGGCUUCUCCGAGCUGCAGCUCUAGGGGCGGCUUAUUUUUCACUCUAGCGAACAUUCCUUUUCGCAAGCCCAAGACCGUACCCACGCACCGAUGCGAGCAUUAAGCGGAUUUAUUUGACAAAAGGUAGCGCGAAUCUAAGGCGUAAGCACAAAAUUGACCCAUUGCCUAUAUACAAAACAGAACAAAGAAGCAUAUAUAUACAUAUAAUUAUAAAUAUACAUACACGUAUGAAUAGAGCAAAGCCUACUCUCCAACUAGCGAAUAUUGUAGUACUAAUAAACACGUACACACACACACACUCAUACACCUAAACAAAGGAAAAAAAGUGUAUCUCUACCAAACACGAAACAAAGUCAUCUUCUUCUUCAGCACACAUACCACCAAUGCCACAUUACAGGGGUUUUCUGGGAUUCUCAUAGCAGUGGGAUACUUGCUUGAAUCUUUCUUAUAGGAAAUGAACUUUAUAGGAUGAGAAUUGGAUUACUAUGUAUGACUUUAGACCUUCAGAUACGUCGAGAGAUGUUAUAUAAAGUUCAGAAUUGGACUCUAUGGCACUCUUUUUAGACAGAUUCAUUGAACACUCCUAUUAGAUUUGAAUGAUGCUAUAGAGUUCACAUACAGUUUCACAUAAAGUUCAUUUCGUAUAUGAAAUAGUCAUGAAAAUAUCCAACAAGUAUGAGAACCCCUGAAAAACCCUAUAAUGCUUGGAUACUGUGUGUGAAGCUAUACUACAUAAAAAAAAAACAACCAAACAAGACGCGCUUGGAUCGCUCUCCAUUGCUUCGAAAGCAGGCGUAAUGUAAAACAAAUAAUUAUUCUUAUGAUGUUGUCUACGAAAGGGGGAUGCCAAACUGGAGCCAUAGCAAAAUCAGGUGUAAACGGGAUGUUAUAUACACCGUCAUAUAACUCUUCAACCCUAACACACCGCUUCCUAGAAUUUCCAAGAAACUACCCCACUCCAUCUACACCGCUAGCAACAUAGGCGUAAAAUUAUGUAACAAAAAUGAAGCAAAAGGUCAACCAAAAAAAAAAAAAACAAAACAGCAAACCAUUUGUGGAGAUUUGGCUCGUUCCCCCCUUCCUCAGCUGUCAGAUCGGUCAUGUGUAUGUGUGUGUGUGUGUGUUGUAAGCCGAAAGGUAACAGGGACUUUUUUUCGUUUUGUUUUUGAAGCCACCGAGAAAAGGGUUGGCAAACGGGCUGCUUGAAAUCAGUAAAAACCGAAGACGUAGCAGACAAAGGGCGCGACAGGAGUGGUGUCAAGCCGGAGGCCUCUUUGCAGUGGACAAUAAUGACGGAGACGAUAAAAGAUGGCAAUUGACACAUAACAUACCCACACACGCACACACAAACACACAAAUGAAACGUAAACACUGCGUGUCGUGGUGGUGGUGGUGGUGGUGGUGUCACACAGCUGACGGUCUUCAGGAUCUUGUUAGCAGUUGUCAAUCGCAUUUCUAGUACGAUAAGAAGUGGCUUUUGCGGUGCGGAUUGCAUACCUGUGGGCGGUUUGCUGCACAAGUGCACGAUGGGGUGUCACGGGAAGGAUUCACACCGACACUUACACUAAACAUUAACGAGCUGAUAACUAUAUAGAACCAUACAUUUUGGGGAAGCGAUGGUAAGCGGUAAAUAGCACCAAACACACCCGUACAGUAGUAACAGUGUACUCAAGUAUAAACGCUUAAAAGAGACUAUUGCAAUCAAUAUAGACAAAAUCGCGUUUAUUUUUAUUUUUUCCUACCGAUCCCUAUAUAAUCGAUCGAUCCUCACGCAUCUCACCAUUUCUCUCAGUUAACAACGUGUUGGGUGGUGGUUGUUUAUGGUCGUUGAAGGACUGUCAGUCACUGUAGCGACGCUUAUGCUGGGAUCGCAAAUGUACUACACCGCAGACGAAAGGCAUAGGACGUCUUCCAUGGUCCUUUUAAGUGUAAAUAAAACAAUACGCAAAAAUAGAGAUAAAGGGUGAAGAGAACAGGUAUAAGAAGCGAGCGCGGGGGGGGGGGGGAACAGUAGCCAGCAUCAGAAAUAGUAUUCAAAAACCAAAACUGCACCUACUACUAACCAAGUGAAAACUUAGCGAAAACAGUAUUUGCAAAGCACACAUUCACAUAUAUACACACACCCACACAUACCAUGACAACGUUAGUAAGAUAGAGAGAACGAAAGAGAGAGAUAGAAAAAGAUAGAGAGAGAGAGAGAGAGAGAGAGAGAGAGAGAGAAAAUUGGUGUUAUAAACAAUAUUAGAAAGAUGAACGGAGCAGCUUACAUAUGCACCUGUACAUAUAUCCUCCUCUUCCUCCCCUUCCCAGUGCGUAGCGGGGAGCAAUAACUUUCGAAAACUGUGUGAAAAUGUAUGUGUGAAUGCGUGUGUCUAUGUGCGUGUGUGUAAUAAGCAACAGGCUCGAUAGCAACCAGUGGAAUGAGCUAAACAGGCGAUUAAUAUUUAUACCAUCAAGCAGUAUUACUUAAAGUCUAGCCAUGAGAGAGCUAAAGCGAAGGAUAGAGAGACAAAGAACGAGCGAGCGAGAAAGAGAUAGCAGUUGAUAAGCGAACCCUGCUGCGCUGGCCACUAUUUAGUGUUGAAACGGCACCGCAGCUGAGUGUUUGUGUAUCGUGUUAUUUAUUUUGUUAAAAUUGUUUUGCUUUCUUUCGGUUUGAUGGUGCAGCAAUGCUAAUAGAACACAGGGGGGGGGGGGGGGGGAUGCGCGCCGAAACUAGUCGGAGCUGAAAGGGUAAAACAUUAUACGCCGCAAAUGCUAUCUUGUAAAGUAGACAAAUUACUGUUGAACCGUAUCUAGCGCCUGCAGAAGCAUCAAAUCAAAGAAACGUUUUUAUGUGAGAAAAGUCGUUUUGCUCGGUAAGUAAGUGUUUAGUUUUUAAUUGCAAUGCAUACUUUGAACGAACACAUAAGUAAAAAAAAAUAGUUUGUAACAAUGUAAGCAAACAGCAGGCUCCAAAAAAAAGGAAACUAAAGCAAACAAAUCUAUCCUUUUAACGAUUCCAUUGCCUACCUUUGGUCAAUUUCAUGGAUGUUUCACGAACAAUGGUGAACAAAUCCGAAGCAAUUGAUGUUCGUUUACCCAGCGCCCCUGCUCCACCACAUUUACGUCCGCUAUGCGAUGCCAAACCAGCGUGUGUGUAGAAGCAAGGGUUCUAGCAAAAGUCUAAGAAAAACCGAAAAAGUAGGGUUCGCCCGCGGUGUAAGUGCGUUAAUUUUUGUACGAAAAUGUUUGUCACAUUAUGAGUGCUUCCAGCGGGUAAAACCGAAACAUCACUGGCAGAAACGUCACAAAUGCCACGCCGGUGGUGUCUACUUCCCACAAGCGCGAAUAGAAUUGAUUGUAGUAUUCUUUCAAAACAAAACGUAACAAGCAGCAGGUGAACACAAACAGCUACCAAACGCAAUUGAUUUCCUCAGCUGGUCGCGUCACUCAGACGGGCGGCAAUAUCUAGCGCGUGUCCGUGUGCAACGCACCAUGCUGCAACACAGCUUUCUAGUGAAGUGUUUUGUGCCGACUGUUGCUUAGCCCUGUCGGAGAGCUAAAGAAGCAGCGGCACAGCGAAACUGCUGUGACAGGCAGACAAGACAGGAGGGCCCACAAAGAAAGGGAACAGAGAAAGAUAGCGAGAGCAGGAGAGCACCUUAGUAACCCAUAUAAAAAUAUGGUAACCGAAUGAAAAAAAAAAAACAAAAAUAUUACUAAACACUUACUCUGGUAUUAUCCAAAUAAAAACAAACAAAAAACAAUGUACUAACAAACAAAAACAAACAUCAACGCAACUAACAACCAAUGAGGGUACGCCAUUUGCAAACGAAAAACUACCUAUCUCCUCUACUCUCCUUAAUAUAAUAUAAACCGGGCCUUUUUUCGAGUAAAAAAAAGCAGGCUGCAACAGAAGAAGAGCGCUAAAAUCAGGAAGCCCUUAACGGGAAGCGAGCACUCCCAACCGGAAAGGUAGCCCCUAGUAACGAUGGCGUAAAUAGUUGGCGGGUGGGAAUAGCCGAAUGGGCACUAGCUAAAACGACGAAUUAGAUUGAACUGCAACCAAACUGGUCAAUAAACGUGUAAUGAGCUGAUGGAAGAGGAGCAGCAGCAGCUGAAAAAUACAAGCCGUGUGGAAAAACUA